AUGUCGGGAGAUUCUGACCUCGGCGCCAUUCGCGAUUCUGAAAUUGACCGCAUUUAUGCAGAGCAUCUGCUACAUGCUGUGGAGGUAUAUGGCCGGCAGUUCGGAGGAAUUGCUUUACUUGCAUCUGCUUCUAGUCCCGACCUGUUGCUUGAACGCAGUGCUUGUCGGAGUAUAUUCAUGCGUCAGUUACUAGUUUCUUUGCCCUCACCAAUCAAUCGUUUCUGUCUGCUUGCCCAUUUGGCCACUCACUUGGUUAGUGAGCGAGGCUCAGACAAUGAAAAUCUCUUUGGGGCCAGAGAAGAUAGAAAUUGUCGCCAUAAAGAUAAUAUUCAAACGCAAAAAUUGACCGAUGGAAACGAAAAAGUGUUUGAAGAUGCCAAUAUGAAAGAAAGUACGCCUAAGCUGGAGGAUAAUGACUCAAAUCAUGAUCAAGAUAUUGUGCCUCGCUUGCUGUACGCUGGGUGGGAGCAACAAGAGAUAGAGAAAUUACGCAUGUUUGCUGCCAACUUACAUAGCUUUACUCCCAGGUCUUUACAUCAUUCAGCUUCUAUUGUUUGCCCGUUGUUUCUAUUUUAUUCCACACAUUCUAUCAUUUUAUGA